AUGGAGGACACGGGCGCUCAUGUGGUGGACACGACUGUCGACGCUAUCGCCGAACCGGUCGAGUCGUCCGCAACACCUGAGAGGACGAGUGAGGGCACGGCUGCAGACAAUGGACACAAUGGUGGCGGAGAUAAUGAUAAUGAGGCCAAUGAUGGCAACAGUGGCGAAGAGAUGCCGGAUAUGAUGGCUAUAUUAUAUGGCAAUGAGGAAGAGGCGGAUGCGGACGACGAUGAGGACGACUUUGUGGCCAACACUACCACCGUAUCUCAAGAGUCCAAUACUGGAUCAGUCGGUGGUGUGGUUAAGGCAGAAGUGGUUGGGACGGCAGGUGUGGCAGAGGGGCCCUCAACAGGUGCGACCGAUUCGGGUCGGAAGCGAAGAUCAGAUGAAGCCAACGAUUCCUCUCAAAGCAAUAGUAAACGCAUUAAACCGGAGCUGAUGUCUCCUCCAAGAAGUCGGUCGCAAGAGUCAGUCCCUCCGGCCGCAACCAUACCAUUGACCACCACUUGUGAACAGAUCGAAGUGGAAGAGGAGUUGCCGAAAGACUCGCGACAUUUCAUGACUUAUAUAUUGUCUUUGAGUGGCAAUGACUUGGAGGCCAAAGACAUGACUGAACUGUCGAUACACUCAAAGCUGAACGACAUAACGCGUACUCUUGAGUUCCGAUCGAUGGACACGUUUCUCGAGUCGUUUGUGCCGUUCGUGAUAAUGGAUUUGUGGCGAAACGCCAAACAGGAGUGGGGGUCGAGACCUAAGAGGGUGUUGGGCCGCAAGUGCUCUAUAAUGACGAAGUGGAAGACCAAUCGGAUGUUCGACGGCUUGGAGUUGAAGUGCAUUUCAGUGAUCGGAUCCGACGAGAAGCCGCACUUCCGGUUCGGACAGUUGGCAAUGCUUCAGACGGCCAUCCAGACUAAGGCCGACAGCAAUCAGCACACCAUCGGUCGACGCAAGUAUUUGGCGUACAUUACGAGUCACACCUAUAAAACUAUUCCCUAUUUUCGGAGUUCUUGA